UAGGAUGGAUUUUAAAAAUCCAUCUACUCCCGUUCCUUAAAAGUGGCGAGCUGGAACUGUCAGGGGUUGGGGAAUCCCCGGACAGUUCGACGUCUAAAAGAGAUGAAGAGGGACAUCUCUCCAGACAUUCUAUUCCUUAUGGAAACUAAAAACCCCGACAGCUUUGUCGCAAAGAAGACGGACAAGCUGAAGUAUGAAAACAGACUUUUGGUACCGCCGGUGGGCCACGGGGCUGGGGGAUUGGCGCUACUCUGGAAGCAGGAAAUCAACCUUCAAAUUAUCUCUACUUCCGCAAACUGUAUUGAUACCUGUAUUAUCUUUGAAGGAAAAAAGUUUUUCGCCUCCUUUGUUUACGGUGAUACUGACAGAAAUCGAAGAAAAGAAUUGUGGGAUCAAUUGAUCGAGGUAAAUGCAGCUCGAGAAGCACCCUGGUUUCUAACCGGUGAUUUCAAUGACCUACUCAACAAUGCAGAAAAAGAUGGAGGGGCGACUCGCUCUGAAGCUUCCUUCACAGACUUGAGAACUUUCUUUUCCGAAGGUGAUCUAUUUGAUCUACAAUACUCGGGAGAUUUCCUGUCAUGGAGAGGGAAACGUGGUGAUGAUUUGGUCCGCUGUAGACUAGAUCGCGCAGUAGCAAACAGUGAUUGGGCUGAGCUGUUUCCGACGGCAAGAUCACUAUAUCUGGCUUUUGAAGGAUCGGAUCACAAACCAUUACUAUCCUGUUUCGAGCCAGAGAAGAGGAAGCGACGAGGUUUGUUCCGUUACGACCGACGACUAAAGAACAACCCGGAAGUAAAAGAACUGGUAGCCAAGACAUGGAAGAGUGGGUCUUUUCGAACUGUCAAUGACAGAAUCUCAGCAAUGAGGUCAGUCCUAACUGGAUGGAGCAGGCAACAGGCCCUGAACAGUAGAGCCCGUAUCGAAGAGAAGAAGUAUCAACUGGAUCAAGCACUAACGGAUCCUGUAAAUGAUACAGAGCUGAUAACAAAAGUGACGAAGGAACUUGAUGAUGCAUAUGCAGCCGAGGAGAGCUAUUGGCAACAAAGGAGCAGACAACUAUGGCUAAGCCUAGGAGAUAGAAACACCGGCUACUUUCACGCCGUGUCCAAGAACCGGAAACGAGUCAAUGCCUUUUCGGUUAUUGAGAACUCAGAAGGAGAACCGGUUUAUCAAGAAGAUCAAAUUGGGAGAGUUAUUGUAGACUACUUCCAGCGGCUGUUCACAUCAAUGGGAGGAAACAGAGAGGAAACAGUGAACUACGCCCUAUCCCCUAUGAUCACGGCAGAGACAAACGAAGGUUUAAUCCGCAUACCGUCUGCACUGGAUAUUAAGGAGGCAGUCUUCUCUGUUCAUGCAGACAAAGCCCCGGGACCGGAUGGCUUCUCGGCCAGCUUCUUUCAUACGAAUUGGGAAAACAUAGGAGCGGAAAUAGUAAAGGAAAUCCAGGAGUUUUUCGUGACGGACAAACUGCCAGACAAGAUCAACGAAACCCAUAUCCGACUCAUCCCGAAGAUACAAAGCCCGAAGACGGUUGCUGAGUACAGGCCCAUCGCUUUAUGCAAUGUCUACUACAAGAUCAUCUCCAAGAUCUUGACCAAGAGGCUGCAGCCACUGUUAUCGGGUAUCAUCUCAGAGAACCAGUCCGCCUUUGUCCCGGGCCGAGCAAUAUCGGACAAUGUCCUCAUCACCCAUGAAGUCCUUCACUACCUAAAGACAUCUAAGGCAGAGAAGAGAGUGUCUAUGGCGGUUAAAACCGAUAUGAGUAAAGCCUAUGAUAGGCUUGAAUGGGACUUUAUCAAAUUGGUUUUUCAGCGCCUCGGCUUUCAUCCGAAGUGGAUCAACUGGAUCAUGCAGUGUGUCUCCACAGUUACUUACUCCUUCCUCAUUAACGGCUCGCCUAGAGGAAGAGUCACACCGAGUAGAGGUAUCCGUCAAGGAGACCCUCUCUCACCAUACAUCUUCAUUUUGUGUAGUGAGGUUCUCUCGGGUCUAUGUAACAAAGCGCAAGAGGACGGAACCCUUAAAGGAGUCCGUGUAGCACGAGGGUGUCCUCGUCUCAACCAUCUCCUCUUCGCUGAUGACACAAUGUUCUUCCUUCGAGCCAGCAAGGAAAGUGGAGAGGCUCUAUGCCGGUUAUUGAAGCGGUAUGAAGAGGCUUCCGGACAGUCAAUCAACACCGAAAAAUCCUCGAUCAAUUUCUCUAGACACGCCCCGGUAGCUCUAAAAACGACUGUCAAAGACGCCCUCUCGAUCCAGAAAGAGGGAGGUAUCGGAAAAUAUCUCGGGCUUCCAGAGCUGUUCGGAAGGAAAAAGAGAGACUUAUUCUCAUCAAUAGUGGACCGCAUAAAGCAAAAGGCCUGCGGGUGGUCAAACCGUUUCUUAUCGACAGCCGGGAAGAUGACUAUGCUCACAAGUGUGUUAUCCCCCAUUCCGUCACACGCCAUGUCUUGUUUCCAACUUCCGAUAUCUCUGUGUAAGAGAAUUCAGUCAGCGUUAACACGCUUCUGGUGGGAUACGAACAUGGGAGACAAGAAGAUGGCAUGGAUCGCUUGGUCUAAGCUGGUGCAACCCAAGGAAAGUGGAGGUUUAAACUUCAGAGACAUUCAGAGCUUUAAUGAAGCGUUCCUUGCAAAACUAAGCUGGAGGCUCAUCAAUCACCCCGACUCCCUACUUGGCCGAGUCCUGUUUGGGAAGUAUUGCAACUCCGAAAGCUUCUUAGAUUGCUCAGAGAAAACGGCAAUCUCCCAUGGAUGGAGGGGGAUCCUAAUUGGUCGCGAUAUCAUCAUCAACUCUGCAGGCUGGGAAGUAGGCAAUGGCUCCAGCAUCAACAUCUGGGAAAAGCCAUGGCUCAGUUGCUCCACACAGCUGAGACCUAUGGGGCCACCACCGAGAGAUUUCUCCCAGCUCACAGUGUCGGACCUCAUGCUCCCGGACCGAAAUGAGUGGGAUAUUGAUAUGAUCCAGCGAGUGCUUCCUUUCGAAGAACAGAGGAUCCUAGCCAUUAAGCCAAGUUUAACUGGGGCUCCGGAUAAACUCUCUUGGCUGAGUACGGAUACAGGCGAUUACUCGACAAAAACCGGAUACAAAGCUGUCCUUUCAUCUCGAAGUGUAGAGGAUGCAGGGAGUUUUGAGGAUGGUUCUUUCGAUUGGAAGAAGAGUGUUUGGAAGCUUCAAACAACACCGAAGAUCAAGCUGUUCAUCUGGAAAGCUCUUCAUGGAGCUUUACCCGUUAGCGAAGCUCUCAAAGCCAGGGGAAUCAACACUGAUGGACAAUGCAAACGAUGUAAUAUGCCUGAAUCUAUUGAUCAUCUGCUCUUUCAUUGCGCUUAUGCUAGACAGGUUUGGGAAUCAGCACCUGUCUCCCCAAGCAUUGAGUACAGUGGAUCCAUAGAUUUAAGGAGCAGCUGGAGUAGCUUCUGCUCAAGGAAAAAUUUGCCACCAACUGGAGUUUCUACAGGAGCUUUGGCUCCUUGGAUCACAUGGCAGCUAUGGUUAGCUCGGAAUAAGCUCGUAUUUGAAGGGAAAAUCAUCACUGUGGAAGAAUCUAUUUCCAGAGCAUCUGCCUGCGCCCAAGAAUGGAUCUCGUGCCAAGAUCAGGUGAAAAAUGCAAAGCAAGCGAUACCAACUAGACCUCCCUUGCAACCGGAUUGCGCUUUGGUGAGAACCGACGCGGCUUGGAGCGAAACCUUAAAAAUUGCAGGGCUAGGUUGGACAACUAGACGCCAAGAGAGAGACUUUCCAUUCGCGUCCACAGUGCAUCACGUGGAGUCUCCACUUGCAGCAGAAGGUUUGGCUAUGAGGGAAGCUCUCCUGAAAUGCAGAGAAAUUGGCCUGUCAAAGCUCAGAUGUGAAUCGGAUUCUGCUAUCUUGAUCAAAGCCAUAAAUUUGCGCUCCCCACUGGUUGGUUUGUAUGGUAUUUUAGCUGACAUUUACUCUAUUGCAUCCUCCUUUGAAUCCAUUUCGUUUACCUGGAUCUCGCGUGAGAGAAACAGUGUUGCGGAUGGAUUGGCAAAGAAUGUUUUAUCAUCGGAGCUGACCAUUUUGGCAGCAAAAAACUCUGUCUAA